UCCAAUGCUUAUUCUUCUAUAUAAAUAGAACCUAACUCCCAAUCUAAAUGCACAAAAUAAUCUCAGAAUUGCAGUUAACAAACUGAUCUUAGCAAUGGCCAAGUUUAACAAAGCAUCCAUGUUUUUGGCCAUUGUGCUCUCUCUGCUUCUCAUGAUCUCCACUGCUCAGGCUAGAAAGGUUUCAACUGGAUUUGGAGGUGCAAAACCUACAGCACAAUGUGUUGCAGUAACGGGUGCAGAAGAUGGCGAUACUUGUACUAGCGUUGCUCAGCUGUUCGGUAUGACUCUCAAGUUCUUUAUUUCCAUCAAUCCGAACAUCAACUGCGAUGAUAUUUUCGUAGGUCAAUGGCUCUGCAUCUCUGGAUCUCCUUAA